AUGAUUUAUAUUGACAGUUUCCUACUAUCGGAUUCAGGAAAAAACCCAAAUAAUAAAAAUCAUCAGGAUUUCCGAGUUAAUACGAUUCACAAGAGCAGGGUUAACUGGCAAAUUAGUUUCCUCCAAUCUGUAUGGUCUACGACGGAACAAUCUCAUAUUAUUCCACAAUGCAAACUCCUGAAAUUUAACUGGAUAAAUGGUAGUAAUAGCAACGUUAAAUUUCUGCAUAAAGCACAACUAUCAGAUUUAUUCAACUCCCCUUGGCCCAUCUCACAAUUCACAUGGGAUCCUGGAAACCAUGCUAAACAUCCUGACCAACUGAGGUUACAUGAAUGCUACAUCCUGUUCAUUUUCUCUACUACUUGUCGAUUUUCUGAAGCUUCAUUGCCUUAUAUAAAUGCCUUAGCUCGAGCAUAUCCCCAACUUCCAGUCUACGGCAUACAGGUAGAUGAUUAUCUAGUUCACAAAUGGAGUUUGCGUAUGUUGUUUGUCCCAAAACUCAAGAUUAUCGUUAACGGGAAAAUCUUAAAUGAGUAUUCCGGUUCAGAUGUCGAUUUGGAUGGGAUGGCUGACUUUAUUUGGUCAAACAUGCUUAUGUGUGCUAUCUGCCCCAGUGACUUCCAUCCAGUUGUUGUUAACUCAGUAAUAGGUUUUUAUGGGGUUAGUUCACUUGCUGUAAACUGAAAACCUUCUACUUAACGAGUAGCUAUUUGUCUAUCGAUGUGCAUGUUUCUGGAGAAAUUACUGUGCUCCUAUGAAGACUAGAGAGAAUAGAUAUAAACUUGUAUGGGCAAUAUUUGUUUGUUAUCGUCUGCUAGUAUAGAUAACCUGGAUCUACUGUGAAUCGAUCAGUAUCUAACUGCUCUCUUUUGAAAGAUUCCACUCUCGAACUGUUUACAUGCAAAGAACUUUCGGUUUAUUAAGUAAAAGUAAGAUGAUUCUAUUAAGAACUACAUAGGAACAUGAAUACAAAAACAGAUCAGACAGUCCAUUUGUUUGUACUAGAUUAUGAUUAAAGUCAAUGCAACUCAAUAACCAAUUGCAGCUUCAUGUAGUUCGCUUUCGUCUACAUCUUUUAUGUAAGCUAGUAAAGCUAACCGGUCAAGUAAACCGAAUAAUGUGUAACAGGCUUCAAACUCGUAAUUUAGUAACGGAAAGUUGAGCUUUACAAAUACUGACAGCAACCGAAUCUAAAGUGUUGUGCUAUGGUAUAAAGAAUAAACAGAUACGUUUCCUUGUUCAUCAUAUCCAUCAAUAAAAUUGCAAUAAAUAUUUGUUUAUUACGAGUAUCCACCCGUCAGAAUCCGUUCGUAUUCGACAAAUAAUCUAAGACCUGGAUUUACACCACAGUUUUAUUCUCUGUAAAACCGUUGGCUCAUAUGUAUUUAAACCCUUAUUUAAAAGCAUAGAAUGCAACCAAAGUGAGAAAGUGAGACAGUAUGUAAUUUUGUAAGACAGUUUAGUACAUUUAUUACAGUAAACAAUUAAGAAUUUAUGUACUUGAUACACUUACUAGCACAAAUGGGCUCGAAAGUAGAUAUGCGUCAUACAAACACGAAAGUAAAAUUGUCAAUAGAUUAAAGAAAGAUUAAAAUCAAAAACAGCUAAAUGGAUAAAAACAAACAAACCAAAAUAGUGUAUAAUGGGAGAAAUAGUUCAGUUAAAAACACGAAGUUCAGCGAAGAGAUCUCUUUUCAGCGAAUUUAUUAUCAAGCUAUACAGUCGUAUACAUACAAAAUUUUUCUGUUAAAGUACUAAUUCCGUGAGGAAAUGUGAACACGAAUAAACAAGAUGACGUAAUAGAAAGGUUAUAAUACUAGAUUACGUAAUACGAAUAAUAACAAUAGACUUAGUGAAUAUAAUAAGAUGACUAAAAUGAUUAAAAUGUUUUUGUUACAAUAAUUAAAGGUCAUUAAAAGUCAUAGAGGUGUAAAAAUAAACAGGGUGACAUGAUGAGUACUUAUGGAUAAAAUAAUGAGAAUAUAAAACAUAAGUAAAGGGGAAUGCAGUAAUAAUAAUAAUAAUAAGUUAAUUAAGGCCAAUGUAACGAUAACGGUAAGACGUACUUCUUUUGUACGCAUAGUUCUAGUUUAAGCUGGAUGGUAAGAGCUUCGGUUAUUUUUAAGAGUUGAAUACGAAAAAAUCUAGGUAGAUUUGAACGAAUUAUAUAAACAACGUUAAAAUCAAACUGUGGAUCCGUAGAAUGAUUACAGUCGAUUAGGUGUUCAUAUAUACGAUUGUACAGCUUGAUAAUAAAUUCUCUGAAAAGAGAUCCCUUCGCUGAACUUCGUGUUUUUAAUUUCUAAUGUUUAAAUGGGAAUUAUCUGUCAAUUGGAGAAAUAGUUCAGUUGAAAUAAAACCAGGAAUAAUUCUGCCAAUCCAUUGAACUUCUUACCUUUGGCGGAGAAUUGGGAGCAUACUACAUCAGAGUCGCCACUGGUUUGUGUUCUGAGCCAUAUCUGACAGAGUCUCACGCCAGUUAGUUGCACCCUUUCUAGGACCCCAGUUAGAAAGUUGUAACAGACCGAUAGACGCCAGUCCCAUACAGUUUUCUUUCAAACCACUUUCUUCACCUAGAGCCCGCGAUUACUGCACUACAUGUAGGUUGCUACGAUGGUAUCGGUAAACUAUGUUCAUGCUACUAAAAACAUUGUGUCAAGAUGGUAACACUGACUGCAUUUUCAUCACUAUUCCCGAACACACAUAGUCCAACCACAGAAAUAUUAAAAUGACAUUUAAUGAAACCUAAUGGUCGGAGCGUAAUUUCGAGUUAAAAACAGCGGCUGCUGGAAGCUAAUUUAACUCAUUUGAACCACUGACAUAUAGAAGUCUGUUAUGAGUGAGACAGUCUGUUAAUCUGAUGGAAAGUCAGUUAAUAACCUCUAAUGAAGUCCUGGAUUAUAGUUUCACAAAGGACAGUACAGCUAGCCUGUUACCCCACGAACGUCGAUCGGACUACCCUUUCCUCCCUAGGCGGUGACAGCGAGUCCACUCAACAAUAGGGAGCUCCACGCGGAAAUCCGACAACCAAAGUGCCACCAGACCCUCUUUAAGGAUUGUGACAAACUUCUGGUCAGGGGACUGGGUUGUUUAUAAAGCAAUGUGCUCUAACAUAAUGAAAUGAAGAGGUCGUCAUCUUUUUGCUUGAAAAGUGCCUACAUCAUCUAUGCAACAAAUAUCAAGGGACACGUCUUUUUUUAACUGUGUCCAGAUUACUAUCCUGUCACACUGUUUGCACCACCCAAAGCUCGCAGGGAGGCUUCUAACUGGUAUGGGGGACUGACCAUAUAUACCCCCGCAAAUGUUAGAGAAGCGCCAUGUUUACCUUAAGCCAAAUCAUUUUUUCAUGAUAUUAGGACCGUCUCUGACUAGUUGGGCAGGACUGUACCCUGAAACUUCAGAAGUGUCUAAGAAUCUUAGCAAAAUCUUGAAGGUUUGUACACAAACACAUCGAGCAGAGUAAGGGAAUACAACUUCGCACCAUCACUCCAGUUUAGCAGUAGAGUUAUAUGCGGUUACCAAAACUCAUCGUUCCUCUUUAACUUUUUUGUUGACGGUUCCGAAGCACAUGGCGGUAUGGGUCUGUCAUCUAGAGAAAGACUUCGAUCUUAGGCAAUAUUUUCCUACUGCGGGAUGACACGCAAGCUACGCAAAUCAUCAGUUCUCAUUAGGUGCUUGUAGGCAUGACACAAAUUGUAAACACUACUGUAGUAUUGGUAGGAAUCUGUGCUGUACUAGUGUGUCUGAGUCGCUGUCUCAGUGUUGGUGUGUUAUGACAUUAUUUAACGUAUAGUGAGUGCUAGAGGAGUUUAUGCCAAGCUGGUCUAUUCUUUUCACCGCCGUGAUGUUUGUCUGACUGUCAAAGUCUGAGUUCAUGUGUUUUUGAGGAGAGUUCUGUUUAAUUCCUCAGUACUCUGGGCCACGUAUAUUUGUUUUCAAAUACCGUUGUCUCCGAAAGACUACUAAUAUCCAGUGGCAACACCAGGUUCAGUAAUGCGUGCUAGGGAGUCAGUUAAGAUGACCUGAUUAAUGCCACCAUCCUGAAACACCGUUCUCAGUGGCUUGGACUUGUGAAACGGACGCCGCUUCAACAGCUUUCAAAUUAUGCGUCAAUUACUGACGCUUGAACUGGUUAGGAGGUCAAACCUAGUCAGUUUACGAUGUGGUGCCAUGCUAUGCAUGAAGUCGUAUGGAACUGACAUCUGUCGGUCCAUCAAAACAUCCUGGCUAGGGUCUUGGACGUGAUGCUACUCAGUGACUCAAGGCUACCAGGCAUCGCUUAAAACACAAGCCAGUGGUAGCCCUGCUGUAGUUUGCUUCUAUAUUCUUCAGAAAUUUGUGCGGCACAUCUAGGAUUGAAAAAUUCCCGGUCGUACUUUUGUAAAUUGAAUUGCCUUGUUUGUCCUUACGCAAAACUUUGUACACUUUCCUUAGUUUAGGAUUUGUGUUUCUUGUCAAACUAGCGUUUAGCCAGUGCAGCCUAACAUUUCUUAAGGAGUUCUAGGCAAUAUGUAUAAAUUCAGUACCUAAAAGCGAGAAAUGUGGCACUCCAUACUCACACCGUAAAGGCGUCGGAUGCUGAAAUUUGUCAGUGGCUAGAAAUAUAGUUCUGACUACGCAAAGCUGCAGGUGACAGCUAGUUUUUCGAUCUGCGCAUUCAAACCGGCAAGCACUGCCAUAUCUGUCGAACGUGUUUUCUAGAGACUAUUUAGCCGAUGGUAGAACCCAUUUUUAAUUGCGUCUGGGUUGUAAUCUGUCGGGGUUUGGGCAGAAACGACGCAAAGGUACCGUGUGUUACACCGACUCCCCCGAAGUUUCUUGAACCUUUCUAACCUAACGGCAAAUAACUGGCUAUCGGUCAGCGCUGGUGCCUAGUACGACACCAACAGAACUGGAAAAAGAUGCCAUAUGAUCCCCGAGGAAAUGCACACAAAACAACUUUUACGAAUUGAAAGACCGAGCGAGUAUGUAGUACCCCACUAGUCUGGAAAAUGUGUCAUAUAUAGAGCAGUAAUUGAUUUCAAGACUUUCCAAGCAUACGCGUUGGGCAUGCCCCGUGCAAGAUUGUGUUGGGGCACGCUCAUUGGCUAUUUUUUAACCAAUCAGCGCUAGCAGAGUCCUGGAGAAGACUCUAGAAUUUUCCUAUGUAAAACUUAUAAAUUACUAACGUUUUUCUUAUUGUGAUCCCUACCUCCGUUCAACCCUUUCAAUUGGAAUAUAAUCACGUUCCUGUUCAAUCGUGUUCUGACUUGAGACUUUUCGAGUGAAGUAGUGUCCAAGAAUACUAAGCAUUAAUAGAAAUUAUAACAGUUGUGUUCUUAGUAGCCAUUCAUUGAGCUGUUGACUAGAGCGUCAAGUCCACAAGGUAGUCGAUGAACGUCCAGAAAUACAGUCCUGUGGUAACCAGUGGCAAAAGUGGAUUGAUACAACGUUCGAUGUUCUAGGACCAUGGAACCCCAUACCUACCAUUCGUUUGCAACUAGGGUUUCCCGACUUCCCCUGGGUGAAUCCCCGGAGCCACCUACGUAGUCUAGGCGUCCGACAUUCACUACUGGUUCUCUCACUUUCGUAGACAAGAAAGCAGUAAGUUGCGCUUCUGCAAUGACUAUAAACCUGUGGUCAUAUGACAGCAUUCCGAUGGAAGAGAUAGACUUCCCCCACACUCAUCCGUACAAGGACAUUAGGGGGAAAACAAAACUGAAACCUCGGGUUCUCAUUAACUUGAUACGAAUGUGAAGCUACAAGAAACACAACACAAUUUGUAUUUGGAGUACAAGGUUUUCAGCAAGUAUCCAUUUGUAUACACUGGUUCUCGGCAUUAUUUUCAAUGUGUUAUUUUACAGGUCUCUUACCUCGUGUGCCACUAC